GACAUGUCCGAAAUGCAGUGAGGGGAUAUUAGGAUGACCACAUAACCACCCUUUAAUGAGAACGGCUUUCGGAUAUUUUUUUAUCAUGACUGAAUGGAGCACGCCACAUUUGAAAGUGAUUCUCAUUGGAAAUUCUGGAGUUGGAAAAUCUUCAUUCAUGACCCGGUUUGUUGAUCAUCGUUUUACUAAUUUGUACCGAGCCACAAUCGGGGUCGAUUUCCUGACCAAGGAACUCACUAUUGAUAAAACAUCAGUGAUUCUUCAGAUCUGGGACACAGCAGGCACAGAGAGGUUUCAUUCACUGGGCACUUCACUGUAUCGUGGGGCUCACUGCUGCCUCCUGGUGUUUGAUGUCACCUCGCUGGCUUCCUUCACUGCACUUGAGGGUUGGAAGAAAGAGUUCCUGGUGCAAGCUGGACCAUCCGACCCAACAGGAUUUCCUUUCAUAGUAAUCGGCAAUAAAAUCGACUUGGACAAUCGUGAGGUAUCCCCCAAAAAAGCCAAGCAUUGGUGUAGUGCUAUGGGAGCUGAAUAUUAUGAAUGUAGUGCCAAAGAAGACAUAGACGUGGACAGAACCUUUCAUAGUGCAGCUAGAGCUGCCCUUCUUUAUCUCAGAAGUCAUUCUGCUGAAAAUGGGAAAGACGUCCAGAUUACACAGAAACAACCUGAUAAGACCUCAAAUGAAAAAUGCCAGUGUUGAAGCACAGUUGGUCUUACAAACUUCUGCACUACUGUGAACACGUUUACACACAUGUAAAAUCUUCCAUGGAAAAUAAAACCUCACAAACUACUACAUAUGAAUACUAAGAUGAGUUAUAACUCCUUUAUUUCAAAAUAUAUCCAUAU